UAGCAGCUCAGAAACAUUCAGACUCAGCCAUCGGGGCGCACUUCCCUCAUCCUCACUCUCUCCUCAUUCCUCCAUUCAUCCUUCUAAUUCCAGUAGUCUCUCCCUCUUCUUCCCUUCUCAUUGCCCUCAGCACUGUCUGUCUCUCCUCUUUCCAUCUCUUUGAUUGACUUUGACAAAGUUUGAAGCAUGGGCUGUGGGAAUUCCACCUCUGCCAGCACAGCUGCAGGUCCAUCUGAGUCAGCCAAAGAUGUCCCAUCGGAUCAUCUCUUGGUUCUGUUCUGGUUCUGGGCCCACAGGCAGGACGAUUCGUCUGUGGAUGACGAGAAGAGGAGAAAUUAUGGUGGCGUGUAUGUGGGCUUACCUGCAGACCUCAGCAAUGUGGCCACCGGGCAAACACCCUCCACACACAAAGAAUAAUGAUAUUCAGAGCUGAAGGCACAGAUAAAGGUAAGCCCAUCUUUGCUUUCUAACACAGUUAUAUCAUUAUUGAGCAGUCAGCAUUGUGGCUUAAAAUUCUUACACAUU